AUGGCUGUCGACGAGCGUACGAGGAACCCUGACGAUCUCAACACGGACCGCAUUACAAGUUGGCGAUCCAUUGUCACGCUUAUAGUCUUUGUGAUAGCGAACGUUGUUGUUCUAUUCCCAUUCCGUGUACCAAUAUUCAUUCCUCGAUGGCUCCACAAUGCAGCUCUUGAUGGAUUAGCUUUCCUAAGACUGAUCCCUCAUCGUUCCGACUAUUAUCCCAGUGAUGAUGGGCCGGAACAGGGGCAAAAGGAGGCCGACAAGCCUUCGAGCUGGCUGCGGUAUUAUUUGCCCAUCAAUUUCCUGACCGGCCCAUUGAUUGCGGACAUCUUUCUGCUCGCCAUCCUGGCUAUUGGCAGGAAAGAGGUCGUCGCGGGGACUUAUGGUGCCGAGAACAUCCACCCGAUCGACAUUAUGCUCUUCUUCAUCACCUUGGCCUACAUUGCCAUCUCUAUCGACGCCUCUGGACUCAUCAGGUACAUGGCGUUUCGUGUGCUAAAGUGGGGAGGGAAGAACGGCCAUCUCCUGUUUUUCUAUCUCUACGCCUUCUUUUUUGGCCUGGGAAGUUUCAUCGGCAACGACCCUAUCAUUCUGUCAGGAACCGCAUUCUUGGCCUAUAUGACCCGAGUGUCCAGCAACAUCGUACAUCCGAGGGCCUGGAUCUACACCCAGUUUGCCAUAGCCAACAUCGCCUCGGCAAUCCUGGUCUCCUCCAACCCUACCAACUUGGUCCUUGCUGGUGCCUUCAGCAUUCGAUUCAUCGACUACACAGCAAACAUGAUUGUGCCGGUUGUCUGUACCGUUGUCAUUCUCUUCCCUUUCCUCCUCUACAUAGUCUUCUCCAACGAAGAACUGAUCCCCAAGUCCAUCGAGAUGCAUGAACUACCAGAGCAUGCGAGAGGAGGUAAACCCAUAAAUCCAAACAUUCCACAUGCCAGAGGCAACACGGCAGAGGGCUAUGAACUCGAGGAGACCCAAGUUGUCGAACUAUCCCUAGAGGAGAUCAUGAACCCUUUUCUAGACAAGAAGGGUGCUCUUUUUGGUGCCGUCAUCAUGGCCGUCACCCUUAUCACGGUUCUAGCAGUAAACGCGGCGAUGAGCAGCUCUGGGAAAGAUCAGCAUGUCUAUUACGUUACUGUUCCAGCGGCGACAUUAAUGCUUCUGUGUGAUCUCUCGAUGGGCUGGAUGAACCGACAUGAUACGCGAAGGAUUGCAAAAGAGGGCAGGCAGAGGUUUGAGGAUGCACGUACACAGUCGGAGCUCAGGGGAACAGAUGCGUACUUACUUCAGGAGUCUGAUCGGCGCGAUGGAAACGACGGCACCGUCCUGGGCGCAGUUGCUCUUCCGGUCAGUUCUGGCGGGCCUCAUGAGAACGUGAUCAGCAACAAGACUUCAGAUGGGAGAACGACAGUAUCGGGCACUGUUAAUCCUAGGAAUGGCGAAAAGGAAUAUGCGGCACAACCAAGCGAAACAAACACAAUCACGGCACUGAAAGCUGACGCCUCGGAGCGGGAGGACUCUGGGUCUAGCGAGCAGAGCUCUCGGUGCGAGAAGCAGGACUUGGCUUCAGCAGAAAGUAGGCAAACUUUAGAACCACAAGGAGUGUUGGGAGCAGAGGUCGAGAUGAAAGAGCGCGAGAAGUCUUUAAAUGGAGUCAAGGGCUCCAAAAACGACCAAGAAGCCUCCGUGACCCGUGACGCCGAAUCGCAAUCAGGCUCGAGGCACGGCAAAAAGCGCCAAAAGUCAAAUCUGGUACACAUGUGCAGAGAUGCGCACAUCUGGGCGCAAGAGACGUUCCCUACCGUCAUGGCAGUGUUUGCACACCUGCCGUUUGCCUUGAUCCCAUUUGCCUUUUGCAUGUUCGUCCUAGUGCAGGGCCUCGUUAGCAGCGGCUGGGUUCCCGUCUUUGCAUACGGCUGGGACCACUGGGUCACAAAGACUGGAACGGUCGGUGCCAUUGGAGGCAUGGGAUUUCUCUCUGUCGUUCUAUGCAAUUUCUCGGGUACCAACAUCGGCACGACAAUCCUCCUCUGCCGUGUGAUCCAGGCCUGGCAGGCCAUCCACGACGAGGGUCUAAGCAGCAACCCGGCGAUCAAGGAACGCGAUUUCUGGGCGACGGUCUACAGCAUGGCGAUUGGUGUCAACUACGGCGCCUUCAGCACGACCUUUAGCGCCUCCCUGGCCGGCCUGCUCUGGCACGACAUCCUGAAGCGCAAGCACAUCCACGUCCGCGCGCUCGAGUUCGCGCGCGUCAACCUUCCCAUCAUAGCCGUCUCCAUGGUGGUUGGCUGCGCCGUGCUGGUAGGCGAGGUCUACCUGAUGAGGAAGGACUCGCCUUUACAGCUAUGA